AUGAGUAGCUUACAAUGGAAGAAACUGAAAAUCUUGGGAGCAGAUUCUUAUGGCACUGUUUAUCUUUCAAUUGUUGUUGAUACACAAAUACUGUAUCAGAGCUUCAUUGCUGAAAAGAGCUUCAUUUCUAGGUUGGCAUUGUCACUGAAGAAAGAAGAACAGAUUUUUAAACCAUUGUGCGAAGGUGAAAGCGGUGGUUGUGAAGAAAUCAUUCGAUGCUUUGGCACUGAGAUCACAGUAGAACACGAACGUUACUUUUACAAUCGUCUAUUGGAGUAUACUCCUCACGAUUCUUUGGAUGACUUGAUCCACAAGAAACCUCUCCCGGAGACCGACAUCGCGGAUUUCGGAUUAUCUAAGACUAAAGAGGAGGAAACAAAUGUUGAGGUUUGGAAGUCCAAGCCUAGAGGUACGCCACUGUAUUUGUCGCCGGAGGCAUUUUUCGGUCAUAUUGAUGCUCCGAUGGAUAUAUGGGCACUUAGUUGUACAAUGAUUAAAAUGCUGACUGGAUUGCCUGCAUGGGGUGAGAGCUUUUUGCGUACUGAGGAGUAUUUAAGGUUCUUCGUUGAGUAUCUUGAACUAUCACCCAAGAAGCCGAAAGGAAUCCGUGUUUUCUGUUAUGAUUUUCUGGAAAAGUGCUUUAUGAAAGAUCCUAGCAAGAGGUGGACUGCUGAGGUGCUUCUUGAUCAUCUUUUGCUUUAUAUCACACUUUUUCAUUCAUAUCAUCCUUUCCUUUAUGGUUCAUGUAGUUAG